AUGAUAAAUGAAAACAUUCCUGAAAUUGAACUUGGGGAAAUAAGUUCUGGUAUGGCUUUUGGAUCCAUAGAAUCUUAUAGAGAUCAUUUAAGGGAAUAUUCAGUGUUGAAACAUAAGGAUUUUAAAGUGAAGAAUGGAGAUAGGACUAUACAUUAUGCAUACUAUGUGAACAAGGGUUCCCAAGGAUGUGAAUGGAAAGUGAAUGCAAGACUGAGUCCAAAGGAAGGCACAAUAAAAGUAAGAGAGUGUAACAUGAAACACACCUGUAAAAAUCUGAAUGCAAACCACAUCAAAAAAUGCAAUGCCAAAUUUGUAGAUAAGUAUUUUUUAAAGACUAUGGACGUGGGUUCACCAGUGGACAAGGAAGAGCAUAUAGCCAAGAAUAUCAUUAGUCCCAAGUUGCAAACUGACAUACCAUAUUGGGUUUCCAAUGAUGCAAAAAUAAAUGGUUUUAUGAAUGGUUGUAGGAAGGUAACUGGCUUAGAUGGAUCUCACAUAAAUGGUAAGCUAGGUGGUGCAAUGCUUGCAGCCACUGGUAUAGAUGGUCAGAAUGGGGUAUAUCCAAUUUUUGUGAUGUUUAGUACAAGUAAAAAUGAAGAAAACUGGUUCCCGAUGUUGAAAGAAUUGAGGAAAAGGAUUCGAGAUAUGGAAGAACUUACCUUUAUUUCUGACAGAAUGAAGGGCAUACUUGAAUCAGUUAAAAGGCAUCUUUACUUGAAUUUCAUGACCAAGGGAUUCAGAAAUCCAAGACUAACAUACCUUUUUUGGCAGGCUGCCAAGGCAUACAAGUAUAAACACUGGGAGAUCAGAGACAAGCCUCUCACUCAGAUGGUUGAUAUGUACACACACUUGGUGAUGGUGCUGUUUUCAAAAAUAAGAAAGCUUGCUUCAACUCGGCAAUUUGGUGAUAUUGUUCCUGCUGGAAAGGAUCUCAUUGAGGUGAUGUCCAAUCUUAGAGGUAACUAUGAAUGUGAUCCUUCUGAAGAGCUGAAACUGUAUGAGGUGACCAACAAAGCUACUGGCAAAGUUUUUGUGGUAAAAGUAGAACAACAAACUUGUACAUGUAGACAGUGGCAGUUGAGGCAGCUCCCUUGCCUACAUGCUGUAAAAGCCUUGUUCCCUUUGAAUCCUGAUUGGGCCCAGUACUGCAGUAAAUAA